GUAGCAUUAUUGCCUUCAGCUGUGCUAUCUCAACUGCAUAGGUUCUGUCUAACAGUAGCUGUAUCCAGUAAAGUUUGGAUUCCUGUACUAUCACCUCAGGUUGUACGUUCACACGAAACUGUGAAAAUGACGAAAGAAAGAAAAAACAGAAGACGUGAGGUCGUUGCUGAGGAUGUCACAGAUAGUUUCCGUCCACCAUAUUCAGUACAGUCAUCAGAGUUUAAAAAGCCAUGGACACCGAUGGGAAAGUCUUGUUUUGUCACACUGAAAAUGAGAGAGGAGUCUCAACAACCAGAGAUGUCUGCAUUUGUGAAAGAAAUCGUCUUGAGAAGACGUCAGUCUGCGGAGGACAGUGCUGACUCAAAUGAAGAAGAGAUCAAACUGACCAAGAGAACAUGGUGUGCUGCUCCUUUUAGUAAAUCUUCCAGUUCAUGUAAUCUUCAACAAACACAUUUACGGUCCUCACCACGAAGAUCAAAUAAGAAGAAAACCAAAAACCCACUACAAAGAGCCAAAUGGAUUUUAAAAGAUUCAAGGCACCAUAUAGCUGAUGCAUGGCAGAGAAUCUCACAUCUUGUUACCGAGGGUGAAUUGGAAAAGUGCAAUGCUAAACUAAAUGGACACAGUGAAGUCUGGCUGUAUUGCAAUCUUGGUGAUGCUGAAAAGGUUGCUGAAAUCUUACAAGAAAAGUUACUUGUCAGAUCAGGGAAAUCAGGAUCUUUAGGAUCAUGGACAUUAAAUUAUAAACAAUACGUGUUAUCCAGUUGAACAUAAUAUGCAGUCGUGACCAACCAAUAUAUUAACCAGUGGUUACCAACCAAUAUAUUAACCAGUGGUUAUCAAGCAAUAUAUUAACCAGUGGUUAUCAAGAAAUAUAUUAACCAGUGGUUACCAACCAAUAUAUUAACCAGUGGUUAUCAAGCAAUAUUUUAACCAGUGGUUACCAAGAAUAUAUUAACCAGUGGUUACCAACCAAUAUAUUAACCAGUGGUUACCAAAAUAUAUUAACCAGCAGUUACCAACCAAUAUAUUAACCAGUGGUUACCAACCAAUAUAUUAACCAGCAGUUACCAACCAAUAUAUUAACUAGUGGUGACCAACCAAUGCUAGUUAUGAAAGUUGUAAUGAACUGACAACUGCAGAUAUGCUUUGAACUUACCGGUAAUUCUAAACCAACCUGUGCUAGGUUGACCUUGCAAUACCAUUCCUUGCGAGUGGCUACAUUGACUGAAAUGUCUUAUUUUUUUAUUUGUCUGACUGUA